AUGAAUCUAGACCAUUUCUGUUUGAAGGUGAUUACGCUUUGAUGAGGAAAUACGGGUGCGAAUACCUUUUCUUCUGCCGAAAUAUCCUGAGAGCCGAGCAUGUUCAUGAGCAGUCACAUAAAUGUAUGUCAAUGUGAUCGUUUAGGUUGCGGGAACAUAAUGAAAGUCGACACAACCGGAAUACAUAAGGAAACAGCUGACCAGGAAGAGAUGCUGCCGUACGAUGGUGUGCCAGCGUCCAACAAACCGGCAGAAACAGACCAGGACCGUAUGAAUAAUUACAAAAGUCUAAUCCAGAAGGUGGGAGGACAAAAGGGAAUUGAUCCUGCCAUCAUCGCUGCCAUCAUUUCCAGAGAGUCCAGGGCUGGAAAGGCAUUGAAGGAUGGCUGGGGAUACUACAAACAAGCCUGGGGACUCAUGCAGGUUGAUAAGAGGUAUCAUACAUUACGAGGUGGAUGGGAUAGCGAGGAACACAUCACCCAAGGCACAGACAUCUUGACCGAUUUCCUCAGACAGAUCAAGAACAAAUUCCCGAGCUGGACUCCAGAGCAGCACCUCAAAGGCGGGAUCGCGGCCUACAACGCUGGUCCGCGCCGUGUGGAAACAUAUGAAGAGAUGGACAAGCAUACUAUCGGACAUGACUACUCCAAUGACGUCGUUGCCAAGGCUCAGUGGUACAAAAACAAUGGAGGGUUUUAAUGUGAAAACAUUGUUAUGGGGAAAAAACACACCUCGAGUUACGGGAAAGCCACAAAAAGGCAUACAUUGCAGUUGCACGAGAAUUAUGGACGCAGCAUGCUAACUGAAUAGCAUACUAUCCAUUAUCUUUUUGGCCCUUGUUGCCAUUUGGAUUGCUUAUUAUGGGAUGAUAUCGAUGUAUUAGAUACAUUAGAUGUUUAAAUCAUAAAGCCUAGGUCAGGGGUCGGCAACCCAAAAUGCUGAAAGAGCCAUAUUGGACCAAAAAAACAAAUAUGUCUGGAGCCACAAAAAAUUAAAAGCCUUAAAUAUGCCUAAUAAUGAAGGCAACAAAUGCUGUAUGUAUCUGUAUUGGCUAUAUUAGCCUACUAUCAAAAUAACUAAGUCGGCUAAAAAUACAUAAUGAGACUUCAUGAUUUAAUGUUUAUUUUCCCUGCAGUGCCUCCAAUGCACCAUGUGACCACU